GAUCUGCCACCAUGUGAUCAGUAAAAAUGGAUUCUAAAGUGAAGUCCAGGACUUGUAUCACUAUGUAGCUAGCUGAGGCAAGUAGUAAAAUCAAAAGUGGGCAGUCUAUCUUGGGAUGGUGUUGUCACUGUCAUUGGUCCUACAAGGCUGAAACACUGCCAUUCGAUUGAAGUCUUUAUAAGGAUACGGCCAACUUAAAAGAAGGCCGCAAGAUAUAUUACAUGUCCGACUACGAAACUAGGGUAUUAAAGCUUCCUCUUCUACCAAGUUCCUAUUGGUUCGAACUCAUGCAUGGAUGUAUUGUUUUGACCACGAUGUCAAUCCCACUACAGUGAACUCUGCUACAUUCUACAACAUCCACGAGUUAGAGCUGGCACCACUGGUUGCAAGCUCGAAGUUUAAUACACAAGGCUAUGGCAACCUCUGCAAAUUUUAACUCCUGCUGAUGUAUUACACUCAUGCUGCACAUCACUAUAAUAAAUUAAUUUGGGGUUCAGACACUUCCACGCUGGAGUACUCUGGCUCACCAAUUACAUCGUAAUAUCAUUUCUGUACACAUCACCCUCCACUGUUAUAAUUAUGUGAAAAGAGAGUUUUGAGGCUGCCUUACUCAUUUCCACACGCACAUGCACUGACCCUUAGCUAAUAGUCUGCGGUGAGAUCAAAGGCAGAUCUCUGCGCAUGUGCAGACCGAUUAAAAGUUCAAAACCCUGUACCAGGAUACAGUAUAAUUAUGUGUAUUUGUAAAAAGCCAUUGAUUAUUAGCUACCUACUGGUGUGUGAAAGUGAAACUGUUUCAUUAAGUGAGUGUGACUUUGUUCUAUUGCACUGAAGAUCCAGCUAGACUGUGUAGAUUCGUCACUGAGAUGUCUGAGGAAAAGAUUUCAGCUACACCAGAUGUGCACCCAGGAGACACGUACUCCAACCAACCACCACCUCCUCAACCUUACCUUGGCUACCCUCCAUUACCAGGUGCUCCUGGAACAAUUGCCUACGACCCCACAAAACAACCAAUGGGAGUAGGAGCAGCACAGUCAGGGCCAAUGCCUGCAGGAAAUGGUGCCCCUCCCUACUACCCUAACCCCAACUCUCAGCCACCACCAGGAAAUGGUGCCUCUCCCUACUAUCCCAAUCCCAACUCUCAGCCACCACCAGGAAAUGGUGCCCCUCCCUACUAUCCCAACCCCAACUCUCAGCCACCACCAGGAAAGGGUGCCUCUCCCUAUUAUCCCAAUCCCAACUCUCAGCCACCACCAGGAUAUGGUGCCCCUCCCUACUAUCCCAAUUCUCAGCCACCACCUGGAGCAUGGCCACCUCAACCAAUUGCCCAGCAACAGACCAGCAGCAAUGUGGUGGUGGUCAACUCCCAACCCUCAGCGAUGUCCUCCACAGUGUAUGUGACCAGCAAUGAUCAGUCCUCCUUCAUAUUUGGUGUUGUGGUUUCUGUGGUGGCAGUCUUCUGUCUCUGCUGGUGGUCUCUGGUCUGCACCAUCCCAGGGGCUGUGGUGGGACACAUGGCUGCAGCUGCUGGCAGGAAUGGAGACAAAGUAACCAAGAAGAAGUACGACCAAAUCUCCGGGGUACUCAUAGUGGCUGGUAUCAUCUUCCAAGUCAUUGGCCCCAUCAUCAUCAUAGGAAGUUCUGUGGCAAGUGUGGCGAGAUUGUCUAGCAGCAUACCAUCAUCAUAUUACUAUUAUAAUUCAGGCUAAGAAUAAUUAGACUUGGAUUGUCUGCAGUAGCAAGACCUAUACAUGUAUAGGUGUAUACUAGAUAUAAACACUAAGUGUAGGUGUGAUAAUUAUGAUUAUUUUUAUACCACUUAAUUAAAUCAAUCAUUCAAAAGUGAAUGAUGGUAAUUGUCGCAGACUGUCCCAAAACUAUGAUACUAUUAUAAUUAUGCUGUAUACUUUAUAGUUCUAUUUGAACAA